AUGUCUCCGACUUCACCCCAGCACGUGCCCGCGUUCUGGGAAACGCCCGGCGCGUCCCGGUGCAGUCCCCCCGACCUGUUCCGCACCUUCAAGUCUUCCGAGGAAGCGCUCAGCUGCCUGGCCCCGGCGGUCGCGGCAGCGGAACAAGAUCCGCUGCGCCCUUACACGGACAUGCUCCCGCACGACUCCUUUGUGUUUGUGGACACGUGCAGCUCGGGCAUGCGGCCCGAAAGCGGGUACUCGCGCGCGUCGUGGGAGUCGCUGGACUCGGGGACGAUGCACGAGUACGAACAAGAACACGACGCACGGUCUGCGUCCGUCGACCUGCACCAGCUGCUGUCCACGGGUCUGGACGACCUGGCGGCCGACACGUACUCGUACGCGUACUCGGACCCGCGGCUGCCGCUCAAGCGCAACUGGUCCGCGGAAGACGUCCACCACCGCGCCUACAAGUACGGCGGCAAGCACUCGGCGCGCCGGAACGCGUCGCCGCCGGGCUCGGCGCCCGGGCCGUCCGCGGCCUGCUCGUCCGUCCGCGCCAAAGGCCAGCUCAAGUACACGUGCCACGAGUGCGGCAAGACUUUCCAGCGCCCGUCGUCGCUCGCGACCCACAUCAACAUUCACACGGGCGACAAGCCUUUUGUGUGUCCCGUGCUCGACUGCGGCCGCCAGUUCAACGCGCGUUCCAACAUGGUGCGCCACUACAAACUACAUUUCCGAACCAUACACGGCAACUACCUGCUGCCGAGUGGCGAGCUUUCAGACACUGUGCCUGCGCUGAAACAGUGA